CCGGGGUGUCCCCGGACACCGGGAGCGCCCCGGGAGCGCCCCGGGAGCGGCGGGGCGGGGCCUCGCGGGGGGCGGGGCCAUCCCCGAGAGCACCAAUCAGAGAGCGGCAGCGCGGGCGGGGGACAAGCACGAGACCAAGGCGCCAAACAACCCUUCCUCCCGCGGAACGGCGCUCCCGCCUUCCGCUCCCCCAACAGCCAAUCACUGACGCGAUCCCGCUGCUCGUCCCGCCUCCGGCGGAACAAAACCAAUAGGAGGCGCAGCCGCUGCAGCGGCUCAGCCAAUCAACGCCCAAACCCAUUGAAAAAGGAAGAGCGGAGCCCGUUAGCUCCCGCCCGUGACCUGCGGCCGCGCUGGGCGUUCCGGCCGUGUGGGGCGUUCGAGCCGCGGUACUGGCGAUGCUGCCGGGGGCGGCCGCUCCCCUCGGCCGCUCGGGGCCCGCCGGGCCAUGACCCGACCGCUCGGCGAGGGGCUGCCGUCUCCGGUCCCUCCCUUCGCCAUGUCCCGCCGCCAUGUUACGCCGGCGGCCGCGGGCAGAGAGGCGGCCAAGGACUGCAGAUCAAGUUGUGUUUUCUCUUCAGAAACCAGAUGAUUACAGAGUUCUUCAAACCAGUUUUAAGCCAAGACCAUGGCCAUAAAGACAGAACUAUGCUGUCCUCACCAGACAAAGGAAAUGUAAAAGAUGAAGGAAUGGGACUGUCUGUUUUACGCACUGAAGGUUUUGAAAAGAAUUCAUCCUCUCCAAAGAAGGGAAAUGGAUGUCCUUUAAGAAAAAUAAUGCCUUUUGGUUCAAGGGAGAUUGCCUCAGAUGACCCAUCUCAGCCAAGGCUAAUGCAGGUUUUAGAACAUGAGGCAUCUUCUUGUAGAACAUCAUCUGAGAUGGCCUCUGGUGCACCAAAGAGCCCAGCUGUUCCUUCACACUUCCUUAAGGUGUCCUUUGGGUUAUCCAAACCAAGAGACUCUCCUGGGAAAAGAAAACACACUGCCAUGAGUGUGGAUGUAGAUGGUUCAGAUCAAUCUGAAGUGCAUGACCCUGCUUUUAGUAGAUCACCUUCAAAAUGCAAAUAUAGGAGGUGUGAGUUUGUAAAAAAUAUAUUUUUAAAGUCUCCUCAUGAUGAUGUUCUUCAACUCAAGGAACCUGCUGCCCUAUCUAGACAUGAUUUAACUCUUUCAGAGGAAUUCCUCAGCUCCAGCAAUGAAAAGGACAAAAAUAAUUACUCUACUGUAGGUUUGUCAUCUUCAUAUUCUGCACACAGUCCUGCUAAAAAUAACCACAUUUCUGUUGUGGAUACCAAAGAAAAUCAAUUGCAGCUGGCUAACUCAUGCUUUUUCUUAGAAAAGUCCCUCCCUUUUUCUCAGGAAAAAAGUACUGUGUUGCCUUCUCCCCACCACUUAACACAAACAAAAGGCAUGAAAUCCCCUCUCCAGGUUGCUGCCUUAUCUCAGGUAUUGGAUGUUAACAAAGAGCAAGAUAAAAGACCAGAAAGACAGGAACAGAAUAAAGGAUACAGUAUUCAACCCAGUAACAGUUUUUCAAAUACAGUCCACAAGAUUUCUGAACAUACUCCUGAUUCUUGUAGAAUGGAAAUCUCUGGCAGACUUGGACUGUCCCCAGAGAGUGGUCAGAGGGUUCCCCCAUCACUGCCUUUGGAAGAGCCUUUCAUGGACAGCGACCACGAGUCUUCACAAAGCUCAGGAGAAGCAGAAGUUAAAAGCAACUCUACACACAAGUCCAAGCUGAAAAGAAAAUGGCAAAGCAGCUCUGAGAGUGAAGAUGACAUUUUGGAAUCCAUUCUAGAUGAUGAUGAUGAUGAAGAAGAAGUAGUAUUAAUGCCACUGCAAAAAAUGCUCAGUUCAAGUCUCAAACCACAGGCAAAAACCCCGGAAGACUCUUUUGACACUGUUCCUCAGGACACUGUAGCUCCAUUACUGAAGCUUCAUCUUUCUAAGACUCCUGUUUUAAGCAAGGUGUCGUAUGUGAACAGCUUAGAUCACCUCUUGAAGGAGAAAGAAGAAUCUAAAAGGCUAGAGGAAAUAGCAAAACAGUUACAGGAAGACAUAGAAAGAGAGGACAAUGCUUCAGAUGGACAGAAUGAGGACAAUGCCAACGGAGAUGAUCUCUCGGAAGAAAACAGGGCAUUUAUAAAGAGAUAUUCAGUAGUAACUUAUGUCAUACCUGACAAACACCCUGGAGAAGAUUUAUUUGAUUUAUCAACUGCUGGGAAAAUCUUCACUCAACAUAACCUUGACUUGAGGAAUUUUCUCUUAACCCCUCAAAAUCGUAUAGAAUAUCUUCUUCUUAAUUGUAGUAUAACGCAGCAGGUUUUUUUAGUUGUUAAUGGUGUUCUAAGUUCAGCUCACCGUGAUACACUGUGUUCCAUACCAAUUCUAAAGUGGCUUUUCCAGAUGAUGUCUAUCCAUCUUGACCAUUGUGUUUCCACCAAGAUCUUAGAAAGGCUGAUGGAGCUAACACUAAAAAACUCUGCCAUCAGUGAUGAACAGUUUAAACCAUGGAUUCCUUCAAUAGCUGAUAUAUCAGCUGUUUUUGUCAAUAUGGGUGUUGGGUUCAGAUCUCUCUUUCCAUUGCAACAUCUUCAACCCCCCUUCGAUGAGAAGGAUAUUUUGAAUCAGGUGCAAGAAACAGUGAGUCAACAACAGCCAAGAGGAGAUGUAGCCUUUGCCAGUUCAGCAUUCCCCAGUCUACUUAAAAACAAUUUAAUUAAUGUGAUUAAGUUUCUAGUGUUCUGUACAUCGGUAAUUCACGAUGGAUAUACUGACCAAGAAAUAUGGCUGCUGCUUAUAUUGCUAUUUAAAAUAAGCUUGGAGAAACAGUUAAAAAACCAUUUUCUAAUAGAUUUCCAGUGCCUUUUUGUAAAGCUUCUGAUGAAUAUAAGAGACUGGGAUACAAAGGUGCCCGAGCUGUGCCUGGCAGUGAGUGAGCUCUCCAGUAACCACCACAACCUCCUGUGGCUGGUCCAGCUCCUGCCCAGCUGGAUCGCGCGUGGACGGGAAGUAAGAAGGCGUCUUAGCCUAGUGAUAAUUGCAAAAUUUCUUCAUAAAAAGCAUAUAGAAAUACCUGAUGACAGUGACAAGCAGAUGUUUCUUCUGCAUCACUUUCUGGUGUGUAUGAAACCUUCCUAUCUACUGAAGAAGAUGACAGAGAUGAGAAAAGGACAGAAGGAGCAUACAGAUCAUGAAGUUAAUGCAGAACUAGAACAUGAGGUCUACUAUUUGAUCUAUGUCCUCCUUCAUCUUGUCAGUGAAGCAAGUUUCCUUGAUGUUGUAAAUUCGAGUCAAAGGGAACACUUAUUGAAGCUUUGUCGUGCCUUAGAUAAGCACGUAAAAGGUGAUAUUAGGGAAGAUGCAAGAAUGUUUUAUCGGUCUAAGGUCAAAGGCUUGGCUGCUAGAAUAUAUGGAAAAUGGCAGGAUGUGAUACAAACCACUCGGCUUACUCAGGGAAAACUGCAUGACUUCUGGGAGCCAGAUGCAUGAACUCUUGCCUAGAUAAGGAAAAUAACAGAAACUGAAAUCAAGGAGGAUGUAGAAUGAAUGGAGCUUCACCUUGUUUGGAACGGAAGAAAUCGGUCACCUGAGUUAGAACUUGAGCUUGAUUCAGACAAGCACUAGAGACAUGAGAAUCUGAUUUGACUAACUUUUUUUUUUACUACAAGUGCUCUAUUUCUGAGAAAUUGAAGUGGAUAAAAUGAAAAAAACCCAGCUGUUCCUAUAGCCUGAUCAGAACUGGCUAGAAAUAUUUUACUUUAUGUAUUGAAAGCUGAGGGAAGUUUUUUUGUUUCCCUUGUUAAUCACAGGACCUAUUUAAAAACAGUAUGUAUUUAUUUUCUUGCCAGCACAUACCUGCAAGCAUUGUUUUAGGUUGGCUGGGAAAGAACCUGCCCUGUGACAUGAAAUGUGAGUUCAGAAGGAGUGUUAGACCUUCCCUGUUGUGAACAGGUGAGGAAGUGGUUCAGAUGUGGGCUGAACCAUGGUGAUCUGGAAAACAGAAUUGGUAUGAACAUCCAGUGUCUCUUAAAAAUACAAAAUACAGCAGUUGCACCUUCUUUAAAUGGAGAAUAAAAUAUCAUUUUGGUGGAGAUUAGAGAACACCGUUUGGCUCACCUUUUUAAAGACUAUGAAAGCCAUAUGAUGACUGAAUUCCUUGGUGUGGAGUCCUGCUGUACACACAAUAUGUGCUCAAAGCUCCAGGAGCUCUUUAUGAAAUCAGAGGAAGGUGUGAUGCCUUUUGUGCUCUCUGUACAAAUACUGUCACUUAAAUCUUACACUGUGGUUUGUCUAUAGGAUAGGAAGAAAAAGUUAAGGUGUUAGGUAGCAACACCAAUGGAGAUUCCCAUAAGAAGUGUGAUUUUUUUAAUAACAUCAACAUAUGUGUUUUAUAAUACUGUUUUAAUUCUUGUAGAUUACCCUGUCUUUUAUAAUAGAGAAUUCAUCAUAUGAAUGUAAAAUAAGGCUUCAAAAACCUGCCAACCACAAACCCUUCAAAUUUAAAUAUGUGUAUUAUGUAUAAAUGAACUGCUAUAGAAUGGACACAUCUUAGAGGAAAUCUAAUAGAGAUUUGCCAAUUCAUACUAAAUGUGUUUUUUUCCCAAGAAUUACAUUGUUAUGUCAAUGCCAUCUUUUGCUUUGAUAGCUUGUCUGCCUUCCCUCUUGUAACAGUUGCUUACUCUGUUGAAUAUAUUGUAUGUAAUUUUAUUAAUGUUUUUAUUUUUUUUCACUAAUAUUGUAUAAAGGUAAAAAAAUGAAUGUUUACUGUAUUUAAUGUGUA